UGUUUGGUUAGUUUGAAUGUACGCGAAUGGGUGUGCGAUUGCUGAUAAAUUUUGAGUAAAGGGAGAGUAAAAAGGGUGUAGUAGUCGGUCAACCUUAUAUUGCGGUUAUUUGUGUGUUAACCGAAAUGGUACAUUUACUUGUGGUUGUCGUGUGUGCUCAAGCGUAUCCUGACUUGAAUCAGCUCGAAACAACUCAAUUCGUUUGUUCGGCCGGUAUAUCACAGUCGACACAAUACAGAAACUACAUUUUAAGCUUUUUGUGUGUUAACGAAUACAUGAAAUGAAAAUUCAUGUGUUUGUGUUUUGAUUUCAUUAAAAGAGAAAUCGUGAAAUUCUGAUAAAGAAAAAAAAAAAAGAAAAGCGUCGUCGUAUAUGAAAUGGAAAAAAUAUCACACACAACUAUGUAAAAUUCGAAAGAGGAGAAAAAAGUGAUGUUUUAUAUUGAACACCUAAAAAUAGGCUAUAAAAAACUUUUUUAAAAGCUGUAAGAACAUAAUGUUUUAUAAUCGAAAGUAGGCAAUAGAAAAAGAGUUUUAAUUCACUUAAAGGUAGACUAUCAAAAAAGAAAAAGAAUUUAAUUUAUAUAUUAAACAGCGAUUCAUGGUUCAAAGCACACUGAUGAUGCCAGUAUGAAACUCAAGCAAAGCUGACAGCCGGUCAUCGAGGCCGACACACAACAUACAAAGGAACGUCUGAAAAAAUUACAGCAAAAAAAAACUCGAAAAAACCAAAAAAAAUUCUUUGAGGAAUUUUUGGGCAACGCACGAACACGCGAGUAUGAGCCAAAGCGAUACAUUCACCCAUCUGGACGGCCGUAUCUACGCAUAACUAAAAAAUACCAACCGACCGUCGUAACCAACAGCCGCAUUCAUAACACCAUACCGUGUUAUUUUAAAGCAAGCCAAACAGAGUUGUGAGUGAGUGUGUAUACGAAAAGAGAAAGAACAAACAGAAGAGAAAAAACAAAAAGAUAAACAAACACAUUCACAUUGAUAUACCCUGUCAUUCACUUGCAUUUGUGCGUUCAGCAUUUUUUGUAUUUGUGGAGAAAGGAUAACGAGGACGAUGAUUAUGAUGAUGCUGGAGCUGAUGUUUAUGCUGAUGCCGACGCUGAUGAUAUGGUAAAGUCAGUCAGGCAGUCUGCCAAAUUUUAUAAAAUGACACAAAUAUGCUGGUAGUGAGGGACUUACGGCUUCCUAAUAUCAGCUACAAGCACACACAGAAAAAGCACAGGUUUCAACGAAGCGACUACCACGUGACAGGCGAGACAACAUAUGCCGCACCCGCACUAUUGCCGCUACGCAAACAUCAGCAGGCAAGCCAUUCUCUUCCACCACAUAUUGUCAGACUGAACUUAACUGCCUCCCGGGCUAUUACUGCAAGUAUAAAAACAACAAGAACAACAACAACAACAACAACAACAACGAUAACGGCAACGAUAAUAAUAACAACAACAACAACAGCAAUAGAAUGCAACAAAUUAAAAAAGAAAAUGCAAACGCUUGUCACUCCAAAUUGUUGACUGCUCUGAAUUUAAUGUGGCCAAAGGCUCUUCUAGGAGCGACCAUCUCUCCGCAAUAAAAUCAGCACAAAAAACUCGGAGGAAAAUAAAAACAGGUUACGACGAAUCAAACGAAUUUAUAUUCAAAGCCAGUUCUAUCAGGAAAAAAGCACCACUAACAACAACAACUACGUGAAAAGAAAAACGCAAAAACUCAACACACAUUCAUCCAUUUAAAGCUCACGCUGCUGCUGCUGCUGUUGUUGCUGUUGCUGUGGCUGUUAUUGCAAACUGACCAUCGGCUUCAUUUGCUGUGAAUUAAGUGAAAAAUUUUAAACGGAAUCUUUAAACUUACUUUAAACGGAAAGAAGGAAAGAGAGUAAGAGAAGAAAGCACAAAAAAGGACACAAGCCAAAGUAUACCGAAUCCUACUUAAAAUAUAUUUUUCACCUCUAUUUUUUACUUCACUAUUGUGCGCUCAAGUUGAUGUUAAAUUUUCAGUUCAACUUUAAAGCAAAUCCGGCCAAAAAAAUAUAAAGCAAAAAAUCAUUGCUUAAAUCCAUUCGAUUACAGUUGAUAAGAGCUGUGCAAACAAAUGGCAAAAUUUUGGUUGUUCUAUUGGAUCCUUUUGGUUGCUUGGUAUCCUUUCCUAACGCACGGAUAUCUUAAUGUGUUCAUAAGCCAUAAAGAAGUCAUGAAACUUAUGGGAUUGGAGGCAGAUUUGUUUUACGUCCACGAGGGAGCCAUAAACACAUACGCGAUGCAUUUCACGGUGCCGGUGCCAGCGGAUGUACAUGACCUCGAAUUCUCGUGGCAAAGUCUAACAACAUAUCCCCUACCAUAUGCUAUUACCAUCGAUUAUGAACACGAACAAGAGGCUUUAUUACUGCCCACCCUCAGCAUACCGGACAAAGGCUAUGUACCGCAGCAGGUGGAAACUUUUUCACUUCACUUACCCUGUAGUGGUAAUGUAAGCGAACAAGUCCCCCUUACAGUUAAUAUGCUGGUACGAGGUCCACCCCGUUACAAUGAUACAAAAUUACAUUUUAAGCGCAAUAAAAUCUGUAUUAAAGCGCCAAACCAAUCACCGGCCCCGGCUCAUGCGCCCUCACAAGGUCCAGCUUUGCUAGGAGCUGCAGCUUGUGCUUUGGGCUUGAUUUUAGUGGUGGGAUUGACCGCUAGUACAAUGUACCUGAGGGCACGUAAGCAGAUCAGACAAGAUUCAUUACAUACAAGUUUUACUACUGCCGCAUACGGCAGCCACCAGAAUGUGUUUAUACGCCUAGAUCCUUUAGGUCGGCCACCGAGUGCUAAUAGCGGCUCCUAUGCUACAAUUGCUAGUCUAAAUAAAUAUCCUUCGGAAACGAAAAAAUCAUGCAAUAUAUUUGAAAAAUUUCGUAGCUCGCCAACCCCUUCACCGUACGCAACAGCAUUGUUACCAAUGGGUGAUCAGAUAACGGAGACAAUUUAUUCGAAACCGGAAUCGGUGUGUUGUCCCUCGAGAAUAUCGUAUUAUGCCUCGUCACAGCUAACACAGGCCUAUAGCAUGUCUACACCGAAAUCGAGUCGGGGCAACGGCAGUAUAUUUGGUGGUGCCAGUACAGCCGGCGGCAGUUCAGGUGAUCCUAAAGAGAAAAUGCGCCGUAUACCCAAUGUGCAGCCGGGCACUUUGCUAUCUGAACAUCUAAUCAAGGAAGGCACAUACGGUCGUAUAUAUGGCGGUAAAUUGGCGGACGCCUGUGAUGUUCUGAUCAAAACCGUAGUAGAUGGAGCUUCUUUAACACAAGUCGCUUGCUUACUGCAGGAUUCCUCAAUGCUUAUUGGAGUGGGUCAUCAAAACAUAUUGGCUCCCAUGUUGGCCAAUACCGAAUUACCGGGGCCACCUGAAAUAGCAUAUCCUUAUCCUUGUAAAGGAAAUUUAAAAAUAUUUUUGCAGAAGUCGCGCGAAAUGAAUACACCGCUCAGUACUCGCCAGUUGGUGGAAUUCGGUUUACAUGUUACUAAAGGUUUGGCCCAUCUGCACUCGGUGGGGAUUAUACACAAAGAUAUAGCGACCAGAAAUUGCUACCUGGAUAUUGAUUCCUAUGUUAAAAUAUGUGAUAACGCCUUGUCGCGUGAUCUCUUUCCCGAUGACUAUCAUUGCUUAUGCGAUAAUGAAAAUCGUCCACUAAAAUGGAUGGCUUUAGAAUCGCUACAACAAAAGAGCUUCUACAAUACGCAGACAGAUGUCUGGAGUUUGGGUGUUCUAUUCUGGGAAUUGGCUACGCUGGCCUUAACACCGUUCGAAGAAGUCGACAUAUUCGAGUUAACACCAUAUCUAAGCGACGGUUUUCGCCUCUCGCAACCCAUUAAUUGUCCAGACGAAUUUUUUACUGUCAUGUCUUGCUGUUGGCUGGUGGAUCCUAAGCAAAGGCCGUCCUUCCCUCAACUAAUUGCUUAUCUACAAGAUUUCUAUGAAGACUUGGGCAUGUAUAUAUAAAUCGAUUUUAAUUUUGUCCUACGUAUUGAAAUUCAAAAAAAAAAAAAACAAAACAAAAAAAAAAUAAAUAAAAUAAAAAAAACUAUUAGACGAACUUUGCACUUAAACCUAGAGAAAAAUCUUCUCGUUGGUUAAUUGUUUCGAGAAUUUAACUAAAAACACAUUAACAAGAGAAAACAACCUGAACAUAUUUUUAGCAUUUAUUAAAUUUUAUUUAAACUAAGUGUAGUUAGCAUAUGUAUAUAAAUGUAGUUAAUGAAGGAAAAACAAAAAACUAAAAUUAAAUCAAACUAAAACCAAAGAGAUACAAACAAUUACAAUUAGAAAUCAUUGCCAUUCUACUGGGCUUUGAAUUGUUAUGCAGUCCUCUAAUCUCAACACUGCCUCUCUUACACAACAUCAACAACAACAACAACAGCCAUACAUACACUUACUCUCAUUAUCAUUCUGAUUGUCUAUCGUUGUUAUCACUAAAUGUUAAAUUAAGGCGAAGAAAUUAAUCUGUUAAGUGAUGCCGUUUACAUAAGAUCUCACUCUAUCGCUCUCUCUCACUCUCUCUUUUGAAUUUAGGUUCAAAAAGAGAAAACAAUUUUUCAAUUUACACAGGAUAACACAAGAAAAUUAAGUAUCGUUGAAAACGAACAGUGCGAUCAUAAUAAACAAAUUUUUGGUUCAAGGCGGAAUUUAAAACAUUAUUUAGCGGUAAGUUGUUUACCAUCUUAUAUUUUUAUUUAAACGAAAGCAAAAGCUUUUUUAAAAUUGUCGAAAAUGUAAUGCUUUGUUUACUCAUUUUUUAGACGCACAAAUUUAUCAACUGUCUCAACAUACAAACGGGGCCACAACAGGCAUAGAUUAUUAUAGUUGCGAAUCAUUCCUUACUAUAUCUCGCAGUGCUGAACUGCUUCCUACAUCCAUUUAAGCUUUUCCGUCCGUCCUGUUUUCUUAUGUUCAACUUGCAGGAUAAAAAUUUUGCGAUUAUUCUGAUGAGAUCUGACGGCCUGCCUUAUCUUCAGCCAAGAACGAGCGCUAUUGAUAAUGAUAGCGAUCGGACCAUUUCUUGACCGCUUCCCCUUUUAAUAGAAUUGAAUCAAAUGUAUAUAGCAUUGCGUUAAAUGUAUUGUGUAUUUGCACAAGUGAUGUCAAGUUUUUCCUCAGUAGUCAUGCCGAUCCCGAUUUUACGAAAGUAAAGUCAAAUCUCACUCCGGCUUUCCAUAAAAGAAAAAUCAUUAUAAUGUUCAAGGGAAAAAUAAUAUUUGCUUCCUGUGGUAAAUUCAUGGUUUCUGACCACUAGAACGUCAUGAAACAAAGCAAGUGGCUAAUCGAGCGAAUGUCGUGCAAAAGUCUAGUUUAGAAAAGGCCAUUUUUACAAACUUCUUUGGUUAUCGCUACGUAAUGUUUGUGUGAAUUUCUUCCGCCACGACAAAACACUGGCUGAACUAACUGACUUAAAACUAACCUUCUCAUUACCCUUGUGACCGAUCUCCUACGAACGACUCUCUUUUCAUUGCAUUCUUUUGUUUUUACUUAGUUUUUAUGCACAUCACCGAAGGAUUCAUUACGUCAAAGUGUUUGCAGCCCCCAGAAAGAAGCAGAAGAACGGACCUGGCAAAGUACUCUUAAUCAACAUCAAAUUCUAAAUCAAUUUAAACAUGUCUCUGUCUGUUCGUCUGAUCGUCUAUCCGUCUGUC